AUGGAAGACCCCCUGACAGCCUCGCUCGACCUCCUUCGCCGACUCCCCCCGCAGCAAAUCGCGCAGAACCUCGCUCUCCUCACAGACACUCUCCUCCCGGACCUCGCGGACGACCUCCUCUCGAGCGUCGACCAGCCGCUCGCUGUCAAGGUCGAUUCGGACAGUAGGGAGUACCUUGUCUGCGACUACAACCGGGACGGCGACUCGUACCGAUCACCAUGGACUAACACGUACGACCCGCCCUUGUCGGACGGCACCGAACCCUCGCCCAAACUCCGCAGCCUCGAGGUCUCGAUGAACGACGCCUUCGACGUCUACCGGGAUCUGUACUACGAAGGCGGCGUCUCGUCCGUCUACCUCUGGGACACGGAUGACGGGUUCGCGGGCGUCGUGUUGAUCAAGAAGACGAACGACGCCGGCGCCUCCACCGCGUCCUGGGACUCUGUACACGUCUUCGAAUCCCUCGAACGCGGCCGCCAAUCCCAUUACAAACUCACAUCGACCGUCAUGCUGUACAUGACCAAGCCCAUCAGCGUUUCGAGUGAAGUUGCGGGUGCGGAGGGAGCGGGCAAGGCGAGUGGGGAGGGAGAGGUGGCGCUUGGUGGGAGUAUGACGAGGCAGCAUGAACUCUCUGCCCCGCUCGACCCGACGUCCGCGGCGUCGCUCGCGCAGUCGCACAUCGUCAACAUCGGCAAGAUGGUCGAGGACAUGGAGCUCAAGAUGCGGAACUUGUUGGGCGAGGUGUACUUCUCCAAGACGAAGGACAUCCUCUCGACUUUGCGGACGCAGAACGGGCUCGACGAGCAGGCCAAGCACCGCGCGCUGCAGGGCGAACUCGUCGGCUUGCUCAAGGGCAGGAAAGUUGCUGCGUAG